UAUACUAUUUAAGAUAAGAUCAUUUUUAUAUUUUUGUGUCUGUUUGCAGGACAUUUGUGCUGACAUUAUAACCUGAGCUUUAAUUGUAGCUUUCAUCUACAGCAGUAUAAAAUGAUCACUUAUAACUCCACUUAAAACCUGUGUCAGGCUCGAGAUUUAGAACUCAAUAGCAUAACACAGAAACUUCUCGAGGAUUCAGUGAUGAUUUAUUUCAUUUUUUUCAAAGGUAAACUAACAAGUUUGUUGGAAACAGGCAAAAACAAAGUUCAGCUUAUGAGUCUGUCCAAGUGCAGUUAAAAUACAAAACAGAAGCAUGCUGUAAGGUACUUUCAUAAAGUAACAAGUCACACAGGGCUGGGAAGAUCAGGUGAUGCAGCCAGUUGAGGGCAGGUGGGGGGGUGGCCUUAGGAUUUUCCCUUAGGUGUGAGUGUACGUCACAGCCGGUUAGGCCGCUGGCUGUCCGUCUCCUCCUUUCCUUUCAGGGCUCCAAUCAAUAAUUUACCUUGCCCGGUCAUAUUAAUGUCAGCUACUCCCUUUGCCCUUUCUUACUUCACUCCUUCCAUGAAAACUGCUGAUGACAAGAGGGUAACAAAGCUCCUUAACGAAUGACUGAAAAAAGGAGAAAGAGGAAACUGUCAGACAGGUGUUAUCGCUCUUUGGGAAAACAGCAGAAUCUGUGGGACCAUAGCGAAGGUGACUUUUGCCACUUAAAGACGCUGUUAUUUAAGACGCUGAUAUAUACAAGAUAAGAAAGGCCUGAGGAAACUUCUUCAGAGGUUUGAAUGGGAAUACAGACUUUUUACAGAAGUUUAUUCUGUUUCUGAGUUUCAAUUUUAAAUUGAUCAGCAUGUCUGGAGUCAGCAGUGACCGUCUGCACAAAUCAACUUUAACUGUGUAUUCGGUGAGUUUAUAUCAUGUCCUCUCUAUUUUUGUUUUUGUUUGUUGGACUGAAACUUGGGGACAGGUAUCGUAUUUAUUAUUUCAAGCAGAAUUUUGUUGAUUUUAAACUUGGCCUGGGGGCACUUGGAAGUGAGUAUAAAAAUAAAUUAUAGCUUCACACUUCAAGUCACAGCUGAGUUUGCUCGGUGUGUUGCUUAGUUUGUAUUCUGUGUGUUUGCCUAGAACCUAAUGGAGCACUUCAACCCAGGCCUUCAGAAGCUUGUUGCUCUUGGAAACAGCUAUGUUAAGGCCUUUCAAGGGGAUGUCCUGGUGCAGAUUUCAGAAACCCAGAGGAGGCUGACUGCAGAGAUUGAAGGAGUGUUUCGGUGGUUCCAGGUAGAAGUGUUGCAAGCAAUGGAGAAGAAUAUCAAGUUGGAUGAGGAGUACAUUGAUGGCAGUCGCAGAGUGUACGAGCUGGAGGUAAGAAACCAAGCAGAGGCUUUGGAGAAACAGCUCAGACGAGGAACCUACAGAGAUUCUCUGGAGAACAGCGCGUACAUGCUGUACCUGAAGCAGAGCCAUCAGGAGAUCUUAAAGGAGGAGGAGAGGAGGUAUCGCUUCUUGGCAGAGAAACACUGUGGCCUCACUCAGUCACUACUGUUUCUAAUUAAUAAGACUGGUGCAUCUCUCCAGCAGAAGGCAGACGGAUGGAAGGAGAAAGUGAACGACACCGGAGCAUCCAGAUCUCGAACACCCACCCAUUUGGACCAAGAGGCACAGCUGCGAGGUUCAGUGAGCUCCCUCCUACAGACAGUAGCCAGAGAUGAGGAUAUGUCCUGGGCCAGGCGCGAGCAGCAGGCACUGGGCAGAGUCCCUUCUAGAGCACCGUCUCCCCUCCCUAGUCGCUCUCGCUCCAGUUCAGUGGGGGAAUCUCUAGGCCUAGGAGGAGGGAGAGUCAUGAGAGCGCUGGUUUCUCACCCCUCCUCAUCCAACCCAAAGCUUCUGCCUUUCAACAGGGGUGAGACUGUCAUCGUACUGGUCCAGGAGCCACGCAAUGGGUGGCUGUAUGGGCGCACUGACAGCAGCUUGCGUCAGGGCUGGUUCCCUGCUGCGUAUGUGGCCCCUAUCGAGGAUUUCUCCAACAAUUUAGCAACAAGUGUCGGUUCUCUAAGAAGCCACAGUAUGAGCAGUCUGAAUGACACUGACGCCUAUGCUAACCAAUCAGAGAGCAAGAGUUACGGAGAUAUCCCACCCCCGGCCACACCCAAUCGUAGAGCCUCUGUAGACUUCAGGCCAGUCUCUCUGCUCCCUGAGAAGAAGGCAGAAGAAGCUUUGGAGACGAAGUCCAGUCAAACGAGGAGCUACAACGAACACCCACUUCCUCCCCCGCCACCUCCCCCUCCUCCACCCAAUCAGAGUGUUAGAAGGAAUUCAGCAGACUUUCCACCGAUCUCUCCCCUACCUGACAGAAAGGGUGGAUCAGCAUCUGACAUCCAGGCAUCACAUGGACCACCUGAAAACCCACUGUUUCCCAGAGGCACAAACCCAUUCGCCACGGUGAAGCUUCGUCCCACGACGACCAAUGACAGAUCUGCUCCUCAGAUGCACUGAUCCAUCGGCACUCGUGCAUGCAGGGUGUGUUACUGAUGCUGCGAGAUCAGCUUGUGGAGGCGGGACGUAUAUUUUUGUUGAUGAAUGAGAUGACAUGUCUGAAAUGUGAAGGCUCAAAUGAGUCAAAUGGCUAGAAGGAGAUUUGUACAGUGCAGAGACUGUAAUACACUUAGUCAAAUAUUAAAACCAUAAAAUUGAGCAUAGCGUUAGUUCAGACGGGCUACAAAGUCAAGCUGAGCUGAAAUCCUUGAUCAUCUGAUCUCAGUAUACAUCCCUAUUAUACAAGGAACACGGUUUAACCUUUGAGUGACUGGUUUUUAGUUGCAAAAAUGUCCUACCAUGAGCCUCGAUGUAUAGUUAUGGCAUAAAAAAGAGGUACACUCUCUUUAAAUUCUAAGGUCUGUCAUAUCAGGACAUAAUAAAAAAAUAAUCUGGUCUUUAUCAGGUUUUAAAAUGAGAUAAAUAUAACCUCAGAUGUGCUGCAAAACAAACAAAUAAAAAAACAAACAGAGCAACAAUCUACAGGUUAGCAUGUUAAAUGUUAAAGUUCAUGUACUUACCUAAUUUUAAGACCUGGUAAGGACCAGAUAAUUUUUGCUGCACAUCUGCAAGCCACUUUGCAACCCACCUCCACCCCUUUUUUUUUUCUGUGUCUGUCUUAACCAGAAUCAUCUCCCUUGUUAUUAAUGUUCUGUUCUGCGCUGGGCUCCUGUUGCUUCAGAGUCGUGACGCCAAAUCUAAAUUGCUGCAAUGGAAACAUCAGUCUUCCUCUAAGUGCAGAGCCGCUGACUGAACUAAACUAAAAAAAAAAAAACAACUUAUUUUAACAAAUCUUUGUACAGUAUUUGAGUUUGUAUGUUAAUAUUUGUGUGUAAUGGUAAAAAUAUUAAAGGAAUAUGUAAACAUUUUGGGAAAUAUGCUUGUUGCCAGGAGUUUGAAGAAAAGAUUGAUGCUGAUCUGUCUUCUAAAUGUAGAGCUGCAGCAGCUCGUAGUGUAGCAUCGUUUUGCUGUGGCAGCACCACCUUUGCUGUUUCCCCAUUUUGAAUCUCUUUGCUAUGAAAUCUGGCUGUUGGCUUCAGCAAAAUAUGAGUUUAUUAAAUAUUAAAUAUGUGUUUUGCAUACAUGAGUAAGCAAGCAUGUUUACCAAAAUAUUAAGCUUGAGCCCUCUUCACCACCCUGUGAUUGACAUGUUUUGCAAUGUUUGGUGUGUUACAUUAGUGCGAGUUCAA